AUGGAGAACCAGACAGAUGUCCUGCUCCUGGAGGGGUUAAAGGUCACCCCUCAGUCCUCCAUUCCCGCCUUUGUCCUCCUCCUGCUCAUCUAUGUCUUCAUCAUGAUGUCCAACAUCGGCCUGGUGGUCCUGAUCACCGUGGAGAGGAGCCUCCAUCAGCCCAUGUACCUGCUCUUCUGCAACAUGAGCAUCAAUGAUGUCUUCGGGGCGACCACCAUCAUUCCCCGCCUGCUGAGCGACGUCUUUAUUCCAGAGACAGAUCGGUACAUCAGCUACAUCGACUGUGUCGUUCAGGCUUUCUGUGCUCACUUUCAUGCAAGCGCCACUCACACGGUGCUGAUGGUCAUGGCCUUCGACCGGUACGUGGCCAUCUGCAACCCGCUGCGUUACGCCGCCAUCAUGACCAACAGGAUGGUGGUGAAGCUGUCGGUGUGGGCCUGGGUCAUCUCUCUGUUUAUGGUGCUGAUCCUCGUGGGCCUCAGUGUCCGCCUGUCGCGCUGCAGGUGGAUUAUAUUCAACCCGUUCUGCGACAACGCCUCCCUGUUCAAGCUCUCCUGCGAGAGCGUCCUCAUCAACAACAUCUACGGCCUCGGCUACACGGUGGUGCUGCUGGGCUCCUCCCUCGGCAGCGUCACGCUCACCUACCUGAGGAUCGCCAUGGUGUGUCUGAGCAGCAAGAACAAGGUGCUGAACAGCCGGGCGCUGCAGACCUGUGCCACCCACCUGGCCGUGUACAUCAUCAUGUUCGUGUCAGGCUCCAUCAUCAUCAUCCUCCAUCGUUUCCCUGAGUUAUCAGACCAGAGGAAACUGGCAUCCAUCAUGUUCCAUGUGGUUCCUCCUGCUAUGAACGCUGUGAUCUACGGACUGCAGAUCAAAGCGGUCAGACAGAAGAUUUUCAUCAUGUUUACGAGGAACACACUGGCUGUGACAGAGGUCAGGUGA